AUGGCAGCGCAGCAUUGGAAACCUGCUGAUCCAGCUCCGCUCGGGCUCUCCGGCUUUGCCGUCACGACGUUUCUCCUGAGUGGCUUCAAUGCCGGUUGGAUUCCCUUCCAAACAUUUCUUGGUGCAGCUGCUUUCUACGGCGGCUUUGCCCAGCUUCUAGCCGGAAUGUGGGAAUUCGCAAACGGGAACGUGUUUGGUGCAACCGCUUUCUCAUCCUAUGGUGCUUUCUGGAUGAGUCUGUUCGUCAUGGUCAACGUGUAUGGAGCCACUCCGCUCUUCUCUACUCAACUUGCAUACUUCCUUGUCGCUUUCCUCAUCUUCAACUCUUACGCUCUCGUGGCAAGCAUGUUUACAAACGCCGCCCUGUUUCUACUCUUCGCUCUUCUGGAAGUGACGUUGAUACUCGACAUCGCCGCGAAUUUCACAAACAAUACCAGUCUUGCCAAAGCUGGAGGCUACUGUGGAAUCGUAUGUGCAUCAACUGCAUGGUACAUCGCAACUGCAAGUCUUGUGAAUGGAACUGCACGACGACACAUCCUUCCACUGGGACGCCCUGUCAUCCGUCUCCCUAAACCGAGUGAUGACACUGAGAUGAAUGGGGUUCAGCAGACAGGAGAGCUUACUUUCACCCUCCCAGUCGAACAGCGCGUAUGGUCUGCUCAUCAUGCAUGA